AUGAUAACUUGAUCACAAUUAUUAUUUUCAGAUAUAAAUUCUCCAAUUAUAGAGCAAAUAGUAUUUUUNCAUGACCACUCAAUAAUAAUUAUUAUAAUAAUUACUAUUAUUACAAUUUACAUAAUUAUAAAUAUUAUUUAUAAUAAAUUUACAAGACGCUCAUUAAUAGAAGGACAAGAAAUUGAAAUUAUUUGAACAAUUAUCCCAGCAAUUACAUUAAUUUUUAUUGCUAUUCCCUCUCUUCAUUUAUUAUAUUUAACUGAUGAAAUAUUUAACUCCCAAUUAUCAAUUAAAGUUUUAGGUCAUCAAUGAUAUUGAUCAUAUGAAUAUUCAGAUUUUAAUAAAGAAUUUGAUUCAUUUAUAUUAUCAGAAUUAGAAAUAAAAAAGGCAUCAUUUCGACUUUUAGAAACAGACAAUAAUUUAGUAAUUCCUAUAAACACCAAUAUUAAAUUUUUAAUUUCAUCUACUGAUGUAAUCCAUUCAUGAACUAUCCCAUCACUAGGAUUAAAAAUAGAUGCUGUUCCAGGACGACUUAAUCAAUGUUUUUCUUUUUCUAAUCGACCUGGUAUUUAUUAUGGACAAUGUUCUGAAAUUUGCGGCGCAAACCACAGAUUUAUACCAAUUUCUUUAGAAAUUACUUUAAUAAAAAAUUUUAUACAUUUCAUUAAAAAUU